AAACUUUUGAUAUUAUACAUGAUUUUGACAAUGAUACUUGGAACAUGAAAAGGGUGUAUGCUAUUUUCCUCAAUUUGCCUAUUUUUUUCACAUAAAUUCCCUUUUUACUUGAUUAAAAUCUCGUUUAUUUGUGGUCAAAAGUUGUGAAUUAAGGGGUAUUUCUGCAUUGUUGAUUUCUUUUGAGUAGAUUUCCUUGAAGGCUGCUUCUUCUAGCUCGAGUAGUCAAGUUGAGAGUAUUUGCAGUCAGAAAUGGCGAAUGAGGAGGAUCCAGGAAAAAAACAGCAAAUUGUUGAUGCCAGAGCAAGAAACAUUAGUCAUAAUGUCCGCUGUACUGAAUGUGGAAGUCAGUCUAUUGAAGAUUCGCAAGCUGACAUUGCCAUCCUUCUUAGAAGACUGAUUCGUGAUGAAAUUAAAUCUGGAAAAAGUGACAAAGAGAUCUAUCAGAAGCUGGAGGAUGAAUAUGGAGAGACGGUGCUUUAUGCCCCAAAGUUUGAUAUGCAAACUGCAGCUCUGUGGCUUUCUCCUCUUCUUGUUGCAGGUGUAGCUGCUGGAGGUUGGGCUUAUAAGAAACACAAGCAAAAGACAAAUGUACACAUUAUGGCUUUAAACCUUGUGAGAGGGGUUGCAUUGACACCAAAAGAGAAAGAAACAAUGCUUGAAAUCCUUACACCACCUCCUUCACAACGAGCAACAGCCUCUUACUGGUGGAGCAGACUUCGAAGCGGAUAAGGUGCAUGCAGAAGGGAAGAUCGUUGCGUAUUGUGAGGAACGCAAAAUAUUUGAUCUGAAUUGAAUUGAGGAGUAUUUUUCUUCAUUUGCAAGUUGAAAAUUUGUGUGGUGCAUUGGAUGUGCCAUGUAAAGAUUUUAUGAUAAUAUGAUCACAUUUUGUACAAAUGAAACCUCUGACCUCUUUGCAACGUUUUUGCAUUUUCAUCUUCUAUUGACUAUCAUAAAUAAGAUGCUUAUGCGUUCGAUUUA